AAUGCCUUCCGCUUACCAAUAGCUCUACAACACCAUUGUCGUUAGCCAUAAAGCCACCUCUCAGGAAAUUUUCAUUAGACGUUUUCGGUGGACUGCCUCCUCCUCCACCCGGAAAGUCAGUCGGAAACGGUAAAGAGAAUGAGCCAGAGCCGGAAGGGAAUCCAGUAGGACGUGUCCUGGUCGACGAAAUUUCCCCAGUCGAAGGAGGCACGGUGACAGAAGUCGAGUUGUCGUCACCACCUCCAGGCAAGCUUCCCCCAAAUCCAGAAUAG